AUGGCGCUGCUGCUGUGCCUGGCCCUGACAGCGGCGCUGGCCCGCGGCUGCUUGCACUGCCACGGCAACUUCUUGGAGAAGUUCUCCUUCUACCGCCAUCACGUGAACCUCAAGUCCUGGUGGGUGGGCGACAUCCCCGUGUCGGGCUCGCUGCUCACUGACUGGAGCCAGGACACAAUGAAGGAGCUGCACCUGGCCAUCCCCGCGGAGAUCACCUGGGAGAAGCUGAACCAAGUGGCGAACGUCGUGUACCAGAGAAUGGAUCAACUGUACCAGGGGAAGCUGUAUUUCCCUGGGUAUUUUCCCAACGAGCUGCGAGCUCUCUUCCGGGAGCAGGUGCACCUCAUCCAGAAAGCCAUCAUCGAAAGCCGCAUCGACUGUCAGCGUCACUGCGGCAUCUUCCAGUACGAGACCAUCUCCUGCACCAACUGCACGAACUCACACGUCGUCUGCUUUGGCUACAGCUGCGAGUCGUCGGCAGAGUGGAAGGCAGCAGUGCAGGGCCUCCUCCAGCACAUAAAUAACUGGAGCAAACAGAACACCAACACAAGCUUGAUAUCACCAAGCUUCAGGUGUCUGGAGUCCUCGCACCUGGCCAACCUGACUCUGGAAAACGCCUCCAAGUGCUUGAUACAGCACUGAGGGCGGCCAGGCCAGCCAGACCCGCCCCCGCCAUGGUGCGGGGCCUCCGCUGGACCGCCUCAGCCUGGCGCUGUGGAGCAGGCCUGCUGCUGCCUGGGUGCUCCACCCGGCUCGGAGCCCGGGCUGGGCCGGGCUGGGGCUGGGAGGACGGGAAGGGAGGUAGAUGGGUUUGUAUAUAGCGGCAGGAUCACAGGUGUUUGAGGGAAUGAUUAAAUAUCCCUGACAUUUCUCAUCCCGAAGUAGUCCUUGUUGGGGCUCCGGGCUGGGGCCCCAGGCGAGGUGUGACCUUGGCCUACAGGGCAGGGCUGCGGGGCUUCCCAGGCGCGCACGGCAAUCAGCCUUCAGGGCAACUGGUUCUUUUGAUGACACGAAAGGAGGCUGUUUGGUGAAAGCCAAGGCCAGCAUCGGUGUAUCUUGGGGCUCCUACCACAUCGGCUGCAUUUCAGCCGAGGCACAGGAACUGCUUGGCUUCUUAGUUUCGAGAAAACACCCAACAUGGGUCAUGAGGGGACAGACCCAAACUGUGACCCAGGGCUCAACAUCCAUCCAGCAGACGGGAGGUGCCUCUGUGCCUGUGGAUGCCAUGGUGAGCCCAGCAGUUGUCUGGCUCCUGGGCUGGCCCUUCCCAGCCUGGUCAGCCGACAAUCCCUUCCCCCAGCUAAGGGGUCCCCUGCCUGGCGUGGCGCCUUCCUUCCAAGGGCUCACUGACAGAACACUGGCCUCUGCCUGCCCAGGAAUGUUGAGAUCAGGGGAACGGUGAGCGGGAAACUCCAAAGGGAUGCUCCAACGCCCCGGGACCUGUGCGGGGUCCACGAGCUGGAGCAGGGCAGGCCAGGCCAAUGACCACCCGGGGGCCACCUGAGGCCUCUCUCCCCACCCGCUGCCGGAGGGGGCUUCCGUGCGGGGCUCCGCACCUGCCCACGUUUUGGAUUCAGGUUGGAGUUGAUUUGGGCUCUGCUGACACAGUCCUCUGUACACAUGGCAUCAGUGAAGCCAUAUGAAACCUUGAGAAUUAAAACAGCAGCAGGGGAUUUCCCUGGUGGCGCAGCGGUUAAGAAUCCGCCUGCCAAUGCAGGGGACACGGGUUCGAGUCCUGGUCCGGGAAGAUCCCACAUGCCACGGAGCAACUAAGCCCAUGCGCCACAACUACUGAGCCUGCGCUCUAGAGCCCGCAAACCACAACUACUGAGCCUGCGUGCCACAACUACUGAAGCCCACGCGCCUAGAGCCUGUGCUCCACAACGAGAAGCUACUGCAAUGAGAAGCCUGCGCACCGCAACUAGAAAAAACCUGCACCCAGCAACAAAGACCCAACACAGCCAAAAAUAAAAUAUAAAAUUAAAAAAAAGAAAAAACAAAACGAAACAAAAAAACCGCACAACAGCAACACGGCCUUCCUUCCAGCAUCUGUUCCUGCUGAUUCCUGGGGCCCUGGGGUCUGUACACGUGUGUCUGGACUCCUAACCCUGCCCUUUUCUCACUAGGCACUUCGAAGAUUAGAAAUGAGGGUGUGUGUGCGCGUGCAUGUACAAGCGUUUACCUAACUUAAACUUUAUUUUAGUAAUGUUUCUGCUCACCCUGCACACCACUUACGAAUGGGGUUCCCUAGUAAAAGGAGGGAGAUCGGUGGACGCCUCAGAAUCCCGUGUGGGGGGGUGUCAGGUGGCUCCUCAUUACCACCAGAGCCCAGGGGCCUGGAUGACGUGAGGACCAUGUCCCCUCCCGAGGGGCCGAGGGGUGCAUGGCAGGAGGGCAAGGGCUCCCCCCGCACACUGCAACCUCCAUGAGAGUGCCCUGCAGCCCCCCUCGGACCACGAGCAUUUCAGGGGCUGUGUGCUGACCCGCACAGUGGGUCAGAAUCCCCUGGCUGGGGGGCAUACACUGUCAUGGGCCAGAGACCCAACAGGUGAACGUCUGUUUUGCAAGUUUAUUGGAUCAUCUUGACACAGAAUCAUUACAGCAGCGUGAUAUGUCUCUCCUUUAUACGGGAACGUCGAUAGCAAAUAAAUUCUUAUAUAACACAUCAUACAUUUCGAGAUUCUAGAAUCACUGCACAGGAUUCUGUAAUAGGUUACUCUACAUGCUAAAGUGACAGUUUUCAUCAAAAGGAAAAGUUAAAACGUCAUCGAGGACUGUCAUUUCUGAGGAAAGUUCCGUCUCACGGGGGUGGGCUGGGGUCCCCCCUCCCUGCCCCUGAGGUGCAUUUCAGGGGCCCAGCCGCCCCUGGACACACGUGCUUCGCCAUCAGGGCUGCGGAGCCCAGGACUAGGCCCUUCCGCACGUGCAGGCACAGACCUGCAGAGAGUCCAGUGAUGAGCAGAGGGGCCAGAGUCGCAGCUCUCCACCACUCACCCCAACACCUGACUGGGCACGGAAGCCAGUGAGGUCCGGGAUCCCCGCUGGGCACCCCCCGCUCAGCGGACACACGAACACGGUGGUGGGAUGAACGGGAUGUGAUGGACGAGAGCCUGCACGACCCUCUCCCACCAUGUGUCCUGUGGGGAGGACGUGACCCUUGGCGUCAGGGAUGAACAGGAAUGUCGCCUGAGUAGCUAGCCUGUUCUUCACCCCCCAGCUGCCAGUGGGCAGGGCAUCUGGGGACUCAUGGGACUUGGAUGGUUUGACAGAAGCGGGACGCGCCACCCCGUCUGGUCCCCACCAGGAACCGGCCUGGAUGGCGGUCACCCCCACCCUCGGGCAGCUCCUGUGGCCACGUGCACAGUCCGCUCCGGCUACAGAAGUCCCUGCUGGCCUGGGGAGUGGAAGGGGGCUUCUCGCCAGAGCGAGCAGUGAGGGCAAAGUAAAAAAGAUGACAGGAUAAAUCAACGCAACAUAAACCUCAGUGUCUACACAGUGGAUGACGGUGGACUGGGUUAUCUCCCGGCUGCACCCAGUCCUUGCGACAGAGGAGAAACCCGGCACUUGGCCGCCCUCCCCGCGAGCCCUCCCCAUGGCGGGCGGCAAGCUCAGCAUUUGGCCAGCGUUUCCUUCAUCUCCUCCAGCACGUUGCUCAGCAGCGUUGAAUCGCUGCACUUCCCAUCCACCGACACCGACUUCU